AUGUCGACCAACUUUCGCGACCGCGCCAUCGCGGAGGUGCAGAAGGCGAUCACCGCCGACCACAACAAGGAGUAUCAAAAGGCCUUCGACCUCUACAUGUCUUCCAUGGAGCUCUGGGUCAAGGCGCUCAAGUGGGAGAAGAACAAGGCUCUUAAGGUCACCAUGCAGGAGAAGAUGGCCACCUACCUCGACCGCGCCGAGAAGCUCAAGCAAUUCCUAGCUGCCGAGAACGACACCAACGGAAACGGAAACGGCGGCGGCAAAGCUGCGAUGGGCUCUAACGGAGGCUCAACUGGCAAGGGCAAGCCUGCUGCGAAUGAGGACGACGAUAGCAAGAAGUUGCGCAAUGCUCUAUCUGGUGCCAUUCUUCAGGAAAGGCCCAAUGUGCGGUGGGAGGACAUCGCCGGUCUCGAGGCCGCCAAGGAGACGCUGAAGGAGGCCGUUGUGUUGCCCAUCAAGUUCCCUAGUUUGUUCCAGGGCAAGCGACAGGCAUGGAAGGGUAUUCUGCUGUACGGUCCUCCAGGAACGGGUAAAAGUUACCUCGCCAAGGCUGUAGCCACAGAAGCAAACAGCACCUUCUUCAGUAUCAGCAGUUCCGACUUGGUCAGCAAAUGGAUGGGUGAAAGUGAAAGAUUGGUCAAGCUUCUGUUCUCUAUGGCGCGCGAAAACAAGCCCUCGGUUAUCUUCAUCGAUGAAAUUGAUGCGCUCUGCGGUCCCCGAGGUGAAGGCGAAUCAGAGGCUUCACGUCGUAUAAAGACCGAAAUCCUGGUUCAGAUGGAUGGUGUUGGCAACGACAGCAAAGGCAUCUUGGUUCUUGGCGCUACCAAUAUCCCUUGGCAACUCGAUGCUGCCAUUCGACGCCGUUUCCAGCGACGUGUGCAUAUUGGUCUUCCCGACAUGAAUGGUCGUGCGCGCAUGUUUAGGUUGGCCAUCGGUGAUACCGAAACUGGUUUGCAGGCGAGCGACUACAAUGUCCUGGCACAAAAGUCAGAAGGCAUGUCUGGUAGUGAUAUUGCCAACGUGGUUCAAUCCGCUCUCAUGCGACCGGUCCGCAAGAUUCUACAAGCUACACACUUCAAGCCCGUUAUGAAAGAUGGCAAGCGCAUGUUGACGCCCUGCUCCCCCGGUGACCCAGAAAAGAUCGAGAUGACAUAUGACGACGUCACAUCAGACGAGCUCAUGGCGCCAGAUGUGCAGCUGAAGGACUUCGAGAUGGCUCUCGAUGACUCGCAUCCGACCGUAUCCAAGGAUGAUAUCGCAAGGCAGAUCGAGUGGACCAACGAGUUUGGUAGCGAGGGUGCAUGA